GCUUCAGUAUAUAACAAAUCCCAACUUGAUAGACACGAGUCAUGGCGAUGGUGGCAGUCGGGGGUAUGGUCGCCUCUGCCGUCAUCAAGUUGGUGAUUAAACAGAUCAGUUCCGCCAUCGGAGGCGAGAUCAAGCUGCACAAGAACAUGAAGAAGGAUCUCGAGCAUAUGAAGACGACGCUGGAGUGGGUGGAGGCCGUGCUCAGCGAUGCUGAGACGCUGUCUGUCACGGAUAACGCGGCGCGUCUGUGGCUGAAGCUGCUCAAGGACGCCAUGUACGACAUCUCCGACAUGCUUGAUGACUUCGAAGCUGACACCGACCUGUGGGCAGCUACGAUGAAUAAGAUUAAGAUGCCACGUAAGAUGAAGAAGAUGCAAAAGCGCCUACAAAAGAUAGCAGAUGACCGUAACAAUUAUCGUGUUCUACCAGAAACUCGCAGCGAGGACAAGCAAAUUCCUGAUAUCCGGGAGACAGCAGGGAACGUGGAGGAAGCAGAAAUCAUUGGAAGGACUGAUGAAAAGCUGGAAAUCUUGGCUCGUAUAUCUAGAAGCACCACUCAUGGGACCACCAUCCUUCCCAUAUGUGGCAUUGGAGGCAUUGGAAAAACCACCUUGGCGAGAUUAGUUUUCAAUCAUUCCGAGUUCAAAGAAUACUCUCGGGUGUGGGUCUAUGUGUCCCAGAAAUUUGAACUGAAAAAUAUUGGCAACAUCAUAAUAUCACAACUAUCACAGGAGAGGCUGAUAUCUGAUGAUUUGCAUAGUAUUGAUACUCGUCUUAGAGAGUUGUUUACUGGUAAGAGGAUCCUGAUAGUUUUGGAUGACCUGUGGGAGAGGAAUCCUUCUUACCUUCAAAAAUUGAAGGCUUUGCUGAAGCAUGGUGAGGGGAGCAAGGUGCUGGUCCUGGUUACCACACGCGAAAAAAGCAUUGCGCAAGAUAUUGGCACUGUUGAUCCAUUUGAAUUACCUCCCUUGUCAGAUCAGAUGUGCUGGGAUAUACUAAAAGUGAAAAGUAUGUUUGAAACAAGGCAGGACAAAGAGCGCUUGGAGCCUAUUGGUAAGGAAAUUGCAAAAAAGUGUGGAGGUGUGGCUUUAGCUGCUCAAUCACUUGGACACAUGUUGAAAUCCAAGACAUAUGAUGUAUGGGAUUCCAUCAGAUCCAACCAUAUCUGGAAUCUAUCUAUGUCCAAAGAGACAUUGUCUACACAUGAAGUACUUGCAUCCUUGUUGUUAAGCUACAACUUCAUGCCUCCACACUUGAAGUUAUGCUUUGCUUAUUGCGCAAUCUUUCCAAAAGGACACAGCAUGAUUAGUGAUGAUCUAAUUCAUCAAUGGAUUGCUCUUGGAUUCAUGGAGCCAUCUAGUACUUUCUCUACCUGGCAGCUCGGUGAGAGUUAUAUUACGAUACUUCUUGAGAUGUCAUUUCUUCAACAUUCAAAGAUUGGCGCAGAUUUUGGACGGUUCAUUAUGCAUGACCUGGUGCAUGACCUUGCAAGAUCGGUCAUGGCUGACGAAUAUAACUUGGAAAGCCCCAAUUGCCGCUAUGCAUGGCUGACAGAUUGUACGAAACCAUUAAAGUCGGCCACAAUUUCACCUGCAAAGAUAAGGGCACUGCAUUAUGCAAACAUUGUUUUAGAGAGUUCAUGUCUUAACUUAUCACCAGCUAAGCGAAUCCUUGUCUUAGAUUUAAGCAUAGACUGUAGGCGCGAUUUGACAGUUUCUAUUGGUCAACUGAAGCAGGUGAGGUAUCUUAGCUUUUCAGGUGGCCAGGCUCAAAUUAAUCCUAGGUGUAUCAGUAUGCUGUCAAAGUUGAAUUACCUUCGAAUUUCUUCCCGUGGUCUCAGAGUAUUGCCAGAGUCGAUUAGUCAGAUGAAAGGUCUGAUGCAUCUUGACUUAUCAGGUUGUCAGAACUUAGAAGGACUCCCAUUUUCAUUUGGGAAGAUCAGAGCAUUGGUACAUUUGGAUUUAUCAGGCUGCUAUGGUGUUUCAGGAAUACCCAAAGCUUUGGGUGGCCUAACCAAACUCCAACAUUUGGGUUUAUCUGCAUGUGAAAAUCUCAGAGGGCUGCCAGAUGUCAUCAUCAAUCUCAUUGAACUCCGGUAUUUAAAUCUAUCAAGGUGCUUGCAGUAUAUGUUUGACAACUCAAAGGAUCAAACGGAGAGUUUCAUUGACAGUAUAUGCGCCCUUCCCAAUAUGAAGCAGCUUGAUUUGUCUUGGACUAAUUAUCCUCUUAUAAUACCAGAUAGUGCAAGCCGCCUGACCAAGUUGGUGCUCAAAGGGUGCCACCAGAUUAUUAGGUUUCCAGAGUGUGUAGACAACAUUCCUGAUUUUAUUUUCAUUCGUGCCAUGUUUAUGAACUUCGAUGUGUACGCAGGUGACACUAGCAGUAACAUCUAUUUGCUUGAGCAAGCUAGUCCUGCUGAGUUGAAAAUCUCGCAGCUUGAAAAUGUGAAGUCCCCAGAAGAGGCACACAGUAUAAAUCUGAGUGAGAAACAGACCAUUGUAGAUUUGAUGUUAUCGUGGACGAAUGGUGCAGAUAGAUCUGUGGAUGACGUGGAGUUGCUGGCGGAGCUAGUGCCACCAACCACUUUGAAGACAUUUGAAAUAGGGGGUUACUGCAAUAUUGGCUUUCCAGUUUGGCUAAUGAGUAUUAGCAAUCAUCUUCCUAAUCUUGUCAAAAUGGUGAUGCAGGACUUGCCAAACUGCAAGAGUGUGCCGCCCUUUGGCCAACUACCAAACCUCCAAGAGAUUAGUCUCUUCAGUAUGGAAAGCCUGGAAGAAUGGGACACAUCGUACUUGAGUGGUGGUGAGGAUACUGUGAAUGCUCUUGAAGGAGUGUACAUAUAUGAUUGCCCCAAGUUGAGGAUAAGACCAUACCUUCCAAGAUCAGCAUCUUGGUCUAUAAGGAAAAGCGAUAAUGUGCUCCUACCACAGCGGGAGAGCAUGUCACAUAUUGAUUGCCUGACAGCUGGAGACAGCGACAUGCGUCUGCAUCAGUGGGGUUUUCUUCACCACCUACUCUCCCUCCGACAAUUAAUACUUUAUGGAUGGAGUGAUUUGACGAUCUCACCAGAGAUAUCCAGGGCCCUCCACUCCCUUCAGGAGCUGGAAAUACGGGACCACAAGGAGCUAGAGGAAUUGCCCAAUAACAUGAGGCAACUCACAAAGCUACAAUCAUUAACACUGUCCAACUGUGCUAGUUUGAGACAGCUGCCACAGUGGUUAGGAGAACUCGCGUCGCUCAAGACACUCAAAAUGUGGUCCUGCAGUGCCAUGAUGACUCUGCCAGAGAGCAUUCGAGAGCUCACAAACCUCCAAAAACUGCAAAUAUCCUACUGCAACCCUGAAUUGAAGAAGUGGUGUAACGCAGAGGAGAAUCAGAGGAAGCUUGCUCACAUAGAACAAAAGUAUAUCUCAAUUGGGAAGUAGUAGCUAAUGAUGGGGGCGGGUUGCGGUUGAUGUCCCAUCGUGUGGCGCUUGCUGCGAACGAACAUAAAGCGGCCCUGCAGGAGAGAAGAGAGCAGCAGCGCAAAAUCAAACGUGUCGUAUGAAUGCCUACCACGAAGAGAGCUCCAAGCCUCCAACUGCCCAGGCAUCUGAGUUGGCAUUUGGAGGGCGUGGGUUCACUGUUUGAGUGUCUCCUCUGUUUCACCAAUGUCCAAGUCUGAAACUCUGAAGAAGAGGGCUGGCCAAGUGCCGCCAAGACCACGGCGGACAAUUGGCAGCGAGGCUACAGAAUACAAUAUCCGGCUUACACAAGUAGGUGUCCUGGGGCGGCGCACUUCGUCGGGUACAGCGAUAGCGACCACGCCAGUGACAUCGACACCAGCAAGAGCACGAGCGGGAUCCUCGUCUUCCUCGGCAAGUGCCUCGUGAGCUGGCAGUCGAUCAAGCAGCAGGUGGUGGCCAUGUCCAGCUGUGAGGCUGAGUACAUAGCAGCCUCCACCGCUUGCACUCAGGCGCUCUGGCUCGCUCGACUGCUUGGUGAUCUCCUUGGUCGAGACACUAGACCAGUGCAGCUCUUGGUGGACAGCAAGUCUGCUCUGGCCCUGGCAAAGAAUUCCAUUUUUCAUGAACGGAGCAAGCACAUUCGGUUGAGGUACCACUUCAUCUGAGAAUGCUUGGAGGAAGGGAGCAUCAAGGCAAGCUACGUCAACAACACGGAUCAGCUCGCGGAUCUGUUCACCAAGCCUCUUGGGAGGGUCAAGUUCCUCGAGCUCUGCUCCCGGAUCGGCAUGGCUCAGCGCUCCCGCAAGACGGCGUACAAGACUUAGGGGAGAAUGAUGAAUAAGUCAUUGUAUUCUGGUCUUUGUGGAGCUGUUGCUGCACAAGGUUCUUGUGAAGGACUGCACCACACACAUGGUCCUUUGUAAAGGACAGGUGGUUAGGAUAGGAUAGCAUCCCUGAUCUUUGACCUCUUUUAGAGGCAUCAAAUACUGGUAGUUAGCAACUUUAGACUAGCAUCUUAGACUAGCAUAUUCUGGUUGGCUAGCAGCCAUAAAUCUGUAGUCCCAUGCCCUCAGUUUGGCAUGGCAUUGUGUGAGAUGUGUGUGAAAUAAACCAACGAAAAUUGCCCCAA